AUGGUGCACAUUCGGGAAUCCGAAUCCGCUCGUGGGGAGGCCUUCUGUCGAUCGCAUUCGCGUGGCAGACGGGCAGAAUUGUGAAGCAGAUUUUCGGAGCUUCGUGUGGCGGACGGGAGGAGUUUAAUGGCUGCUGCCGCUACCGGCGGAGUGCGGGUAGCUGCUGUUGCUUGGAGGGCUUCGUUUGGUGAUCGCGCCAGCAGCAGCAGCAGCAGCAGCUCGUCGUCGGAGUUGUUGCUGUGCGGAACGAGUUUGCUCGGCAAUUCGAGAGCGGGAGGAGGAGUAGGAGGAGGAAGACGCAGCAAAUGCUGCACUUCUUUGAGUCGGGAUUUCUCGUCCAGGGGAUGGGGAAAACCUGCUGCCCGCAAGUUUGGUGCACCUCCGGCUCUUGCUGCAGCCCGUCAAGGUGACAGCGAAGCCGAGACAGAGCGGAGCACCACAAGAAGGGCUGCAUCGGCCGAGCGAAGUGAGAGCUGCAAUGAAGAGCUCUUGCUUUUCCUCUUCCAGUUGGAUCUCUCCACCAGACUACAGCGAGCGUUGAACAAUGAGCAGUAUGAAGCAGCCCAGCAACUUCGGGAAAAGAUAGCAGAGGUCGAACAGGAAGUUGCGCGACAGCGUGAAGCAAAGAUGGGAUCAGUAUCCUCGAAAGAUGAAGCGCAAGACGCUGCUCUUACUGUUUUGCGACUCAAGGCUGACCUGCAAAGAGCUAUAGAAGGCGAGGAUUACUCGGGAGCAGCUAGAAUCCGUGACCAGAUUUCGAAGCUUGAGUCAGAUUCUCUAGCUGCCUCUGCAAGAGCUCUAGUUUACCAGAAUUUGAAGUACAAGUUUCGACUAGGUCAACGUGUAAAGCACGAAGUUUAUGGAUAUCAAGGAAUUAUCAGUGGAAUGGAUCCAAGAUGCUGUGAAUCAGAAGAAUGGGCGGAAGUUGCUGGUGUGAACCAGCUUACUCGCGGAAAGAAUCAACCGUUCUAUCAGGUAUUGGUGGAUGUGCAUGAAGAACCUUCCUUGCUGGUUGCUUAUGUCGCUGAAGACAGUCUUUCAAUCCCAGAACAGGAAGAAGUCGGACGGUUUGAUCAUCCGUACACCUACUUUCUCUUCUACGGAAUGGACAGUAUAGGAGACUUCAUUCCAUCUAAGCAGUUACGGGAGAAGUACAAUGCUCCUCGUCAUGAGCUACCAUAUGAUGAAGAUAGUGAUUCUUCGUCUGGCAGUGACCGUUGACAUUGAAUAAAUCUGUGAUCUACUUCAUUCCAGUGUAAAGGAAUACAGUAGUCAGUCUAUCGGAAGUCAAUCUGUCAAUAGGCGGUGUUGCUGGGAGGUUUUGUAAAGCUUGCAGCGUUCCGAUCCUCCAAAGGAGAGGGAAUCUCCCUGUAAGAUAUGGAAUCAGAGAUAGGCCAUCACGUACAAGCCGUUAGCACUGAAAUAAAUGCCCAGUCGAGAUCAUCAGCCAGAACUAAUCAAAACUUGUGAUGUACAAGCUCAAAAUGUUUAGUCUGAAGAAAUUUUUGCUGUCAUUUGCUUGAGUGUUUUGGACAUCGAAAGUCUCGUUCAUCUUUCAUUUCAGGGAUUGACCUUUGGGGUCUUUUCCCUAGUUUGAGUUUUUCGCUUGUAUUGUGUUUUUCAGCCUUUCCACCCUUUGGGUCCCUCGGGCUUGGUCUAUUACCAUUUACCAUUCAUCUCGUUCUAAGGUUGCUAGGGUGAAGAUACCAAUGC